AUGGAGGAGGUAAUUGACAACGUCACGUAUAAAUUGAAUCGUACUAAAACACUGAGGGCGCGCGGGGAACGGAGGGAGGGGGUCGGCAGACCUAAGAAGCGCGCGAGCGUCUUCCCGCUAAUCGCACCGCGUACCGUCGACCCCGUGGGGGACAGUUGUGGGAGAAAAAAAUGCGACCGAUACGAAGAAUGCGACACCUCGACGGAGGUCCUCGGCGAAGUUCAAUAUUUAUUUAAGAGGUGGGCGCGAGGGGGAUGCGGGGUGUGGCGGGGGAAGGGGGGGGGGGACGGCGCGGCAGCCCCGAGAUGCUGUCCGAAUGUUAAUUUUCACGAUGAAGCCAUUUGCCGGACGUGGAUCGACGCCAUAACGAGCCCGCCACAUUUCUCGAAACCCAUACGAGGCGGCGGCGGUCGCGCAACGCCCGCCGUCGCA